AUGCGUGGUGGUCGCAACAAGUUUGGCCCGAUGUACAAACGUGACCGGGCUCUCAAGCAGCAAAAGAAAGCGCUGAUCCGAGCUAACGGCCUGAAGAUCGAGGCCAUGAGCCAGGUGAUGCAGGCUGUGCCCACCGACCUCACUAUCUCCUCAGCCAUCCAAAACAUCCACUCUGCAGCCUCCAAGGGUCUUCCCCUUAGCCACCACCCUGGCCACCACACCAGCCACCACCACCACCAUCACCACCAUCACGCCACCGCCCUGCCCCCCACAGACUACGACCGCAGCCCAUUUGUCACCUCACCAGUCAGCAUGGCGAUGCCACCACAUGCUGGCAGCCUGCAGGGCUACCAGGCCGCCUAUGGACACUUCCAGGGCACACGCACCAUCAAGUCUGAAUACCCAGACCCAUACACCAGUUCACCAGAGUCCAUCAUGGGGUAUGCCUACGUUGAUGCUUAUCAAUCAGGCUCCCCGCCCAGCUUCCCUCACUUGAUCGUAGAGCUGCUCAAGUGUGAGCCGGACGAGCCGCAGGUGCAGGCCAAGAUCUUGGCCUAUCUACAACAAGAGCAGGCCAGCCGGGGGAAACACGAGAAGCUCAAUACCUUUGGUCUGAUGUGCAAGAUGGCCGACCAAACACUCUUCUCCAUUGUGGAGUGGGCACGCAGCAGCAUUUUCUUCCGUGAACUCAAGGUGGAUGACCAGAUGAAGCUGUUGCAGAACUGCUGGAGUGAACUCCUCAUCCUUGAUCACGUAUACCGGCAGGUGGUGCAUGCCAAGGAGGGAUCUAUCCUAUUGGUCACUGGUCAACAGGUGGACUUUGCCGUGAUUGCUUCACAGGCGGGAGCAACCCUCAACAAUUUGUUGAGCCACGCUCAAGAUCUGGUAGCCAAACUACGCUCCCUACAGCUGGAUCAACGGGAGUUUGUCUGCCUGAAGUUUCUGGUCCUCUUCAGUCUGGAUGUCAAGAACCUGGAGAACUUUCACCUGGUUGAGAGCGUCCAGGAGCAAGUCAACGCUGCCCUGCUGGACUACGUAAUGUGCAACUACCCGCAGCAAACGGACAAGUUCGGACAGCUCCUCCUGCGACUACCUGAGAUCCGGGCCAUCAGUCUGCAGGCCGAAGAAUAUCUUUACUACAAACACCUGAACGGCGAUGUGCCCUGCAACAACCUGCUCAUUGAAAUGCUGCACGCCAAGAGGGCUUAGGAGGGUCACAGCCCGUCUGCAGCUCCAGAAACUCCAAACAAUGCCAUUACCAAACUGAACUCCCAGCUUACAGCUGACUGUGUGAUGGUCUGGAAGGACGGAGAGAAGCGAACAUUUAGAAACUCUUGUUUAUAUCGAGCUCAUUUGGAUGUUCAAGUUACAACAUGAAGUGCAGAUCUGGACAAAUACAUGUGCUGAGACUUUUGAAUAAUGAGCACAGGAAAACAAUACACAGAUGGCUUUAUUGUAAAGAAAAAGAGAAAAAAAAAAGAAGAAAGAGAGCAGUGAAUGUCUGAAAGAAGGGCCGCUUCUCCUUAACUGCACAGAAAAAGACAGUGUUGAAAGGACGAAAAGAAAAAAAAAACACCUGAAGCAAAGUCUACAUUUGACACGUGAUGAUAUUCAGUCGUCUGCGCAAGCAAGACUAUCAGACGGUGCGACCGAGACCUUAAAAAAAAUCACAACCCUGAAGUGUUUUAGCGCUGGUGUUACGACGAGAGGCUUUUUGUGCCGGGAAAGGAAGUUGACUAACACUGCCCAUCUUUCAGACAGCUUUGUGACAUGACUGGUGGCUUAUUCUGUGGAUGAUCCUCCUGUGUGCUCUUUAACUAAAACUGACUUUGAGCUGUUGUUGGUACUGUAAAGGCAAACAGACAAGCAGUCAAUCAGGCGAGACUCUUUCGGUGUCUGGUCUGGUUUUUCAACUCAGACGUGCCCUACAUGGCAGCUGGACCUAAAUAAGAAGGGAAAACAGAAGGUUAAAAAAAAAAAGAGGUCUGGAGAAAAAAAAUACAUUGAAUAACAAACAAAAUAGGCUAAUAAGAAUACUUUUCCUCUUGUAAUGGAAGUCAUUUGCUCCUCGUGCUCACCUUGUGGUUCCCCUUUCUUAUACAACCUCCCGAAAUCAUCUUAAACUAUGUACCUCAGAAAGACCAGUUAAUAAUGUCAGCUUAAAUAAUUGUAUUUAUAGCCCUUUUUUCCUGCAAAAAAAUAAGAAGAAAAAAAAACACAUCUCCUUUUUAUCAUUUCAUUCAAACUGGAACAAAACAAAGAGUGAUUCUGGAGACUGAGAAGGAUUAUUCCUGCCUUUGUCCGAAGACCAAAGCCUGCAGCAGUAGAGAAGAAGGUAAAUUACAAAUACCUAAUAAUCAGUAUUAUAAGACAAAAAAAAUUGUGAUGUCACAUUUAUGUGAGUCUUGCCUUAUUUCAUUACCAUGCUAGCUAACCGCGCAGAUGUGAAUGAAAAUAUGUACAAAUAUAUAUAUAAAGUAUUAAUGUUGUAAAAAAUUAAAACAAAAAAAAUGAAUUCAACAGGUGUUUACAUUCAUGGGGUCAUAUGGGAGAGAACUGUGAUGAAGCAUAAAUUGCAAAGCAAUGAUUUCCUAAAAAAAAAAAAAAAAAAAAAAAAGGAAAAAAAGAAAAAAAUUAAACAUGAAAUCAGCAAAGUUAAGAAAAAGAUCCCUCUAUCUGGCUUUCUUUGGUGUGUGUACAGUGUUUUUUUAUUAUUAUUAUUUUGUUUUGAGCAGUACUUAAAUUAUGUCGUGAGACACUAAAAUCAAAGAGGAAUCAAACUUAAACUAUAAUUUUCUGUGUCUGCUGGCAUUCAAACAUUACAUUUUUGAGCAUUGCUGUAAAAGAUUUCCAUUUCAUUCUCAAACAUUUUAUUUGUAAAAGUUUUCUCUUUUUUUUUUUUUUUUACAGUGCUUUGAUCUUAUGGAUGUACAGUAUGUCACUGGUUACGCUUAACAAUGAAGAUAAUUUAUUGCGUCAAUAGGUUUCCAUCUUUGUGUUACAUGACGUGAGGUGUCCACACCAGAAUAAAUUUGUUUACUGUAGCAUGUUCUUGUUUUGUUUCCAUUAGUAGUUCUGAGAUGCAGGUCUAGAGCAAAAACAAUGGACUUAAAAAAGAAAAAGGAAAAGAAAA